CAUUUUCAGCAUGGUAUGAAGGGAAGGCGGACGGACUGGAAUUUCACGUUAGAAUGCGCUGAAGGAUUACAGGAAGCUGGCGCUUUUCGGCGAGUUCUGGAGGGCAAUGCGCUUCUUCACCGAGUAGACAGCACAAGAGCCUGGCCAUGCGUGUCCCUCCAGAGAUCCUGUGGGCCUGGAUGGAGCUGCACGACUCCGUGUCGCUGUACGCGGCCGAGAAGAAGAUCCGGCGCGCAGCCGGGCUGAAGCGUUGGCAGCUGCAGCGCUGGCCCCGCCUGCCCCCGGGGCACCAGCACUCGCCCCUGGACGAGCGCAGACUGCACCACGCCGCCUGGAACGGCUGUCUGGACCAGGUCAAAGCCCUCCUCCAACUGCCCGUGCCGGCAGACUGCCAGGACCCCCAGGGCUGGACGGCCGUACACCACGCUGCGUUUGGCGGCCACCUCCAUGUGGUUAAGUUCUUGGUCCGGAAGGGCACAGAAAUCAACGGCAGGGACUUCUUCAACUGCACGCCCCUCCACCGCGCCUGCUGGAACGGGCACGCGCAGACGGCCGAGUACCUCCUGCAGCAGGGGGCCUCCCACGAGAUGCGCACCUGCUCCGGCCAGACCGCACUGCACCUGGCCGCGGCCAACGGGCACCUGGACGCCGCGCGGGUCCUGCUGAGGUUCCACGCCCAGGCGGACUCCAGGGACAUCCACAAGUGGACCCCGCUGCACUGGGCGGUGUUCAGCGGCUGGGGGGAGAUGGUGGAGCUCCUGCUGGGCCGCGGGGUGACGGCGGACGGGGACGAGGGCAGGGACAUGAGCCCCCUGCAGCUGGCCGUGCUGGGCGGGAACGAGGGCAGCGUGGGGCUGCUGCUGCGCCGCGGCGCCAGCGCUAACGCCAGGAGCCAGGAUGGGAGGACGGCCCUGCACAUCUGCGCAGCCUCCGGCAACAAGAAGGUUCUUCAGCUGCUGCUGGCGGGAGGCGCUGAGGUGGAUGCUGUGGACUCGGACCGCACUGCCCCUCUGCACCUGGCGGCGGGCGCUGGCUCACGCACCGUCGUGCACCUGCUGAUCCUGAGCGGGGCCGCCCUCAACGCGCAGGACCGCCUGCAGAUGACCCCUCUCCACUACUCGGCCCUGCGGGGCAACACGGAGGCGGCCAAGCUCCUGCUGUACUACGGGGCCGAGAUAGACACGGCCGAGCGCCUGGGAAGGACGGCCCUCCACUUAGCCUCGGAGAAGGGCCACUGCGAGACGCUGCGUGUCCUGCUGGAGGGCGGGGCCGACCCCUCGCUCCGGUCACACUGGCAGGAGACGGCCAGCGACGUCGCGUCUGAGCAUAAGCAGCACAACGCCCUGCAGGUUAUUCACCAGCACCUGAGGUCCCGGCAGAAGACCCAGGCCAAGGGCCGGUAACACGGCAUCCUGCAGUAGCUGCUAAAACAAGACUACAAUUACAGCGGUGCCGUUUGUUACAAUUCACAUGACGCAGUCUAUAUACACUGAAAUGGCGAUUUUUUUCAAGCCGAACCAAUUAACAUUUUCUUUUAUUCCAGGAAAUGAUCAUUUAAAUAUUUGACAAAACGUGUGUAUUUAUAUCCAUGUCAAUUGCUUAAUUUAGCAGUUUGUUAAUUGCUAAUUCAAAAUUAAGUCCCUGCCGUGCAUUCAAUGGUUUGUGAUAUUCAGUUGUUUUAUCAAAUGUAUAAUAAAAAAUAAAUGUUGGCACUAUACUCCUAUAUAUAUAUAUAUAUAUAUAUAUAUAUAUAUAUAUAUAUAUAUGUAUAUGUCCUAAAUGCAUACUUUGAUGUAACGUAAAUAUUGUGAUACAGACCUACCUAUAAUUAGGCAAUAUGUCGCAACUGUAUCUCUGAGGAUGAAGCACAUUAUCUUGCAACCAAAGUGGUGACUAAAAAUUAAAUCAACCACAGAUAUUCUUACAACAUAGGUCAUGGGAUAGUGAACAAUGUAGCUGCUUGCUGCCUUCUUCUUCUUCUUCUUCAGUGCCAGUUUUAAAACCAGCUUCUUGGUGCAUUACCACUACCAAUUGGGCUGGAGUGUGGAGCAGUAGAUUUGCACCUUUUAAUCGAGAACUACACUCACCGAGCACUUUAUUAAGAACAUUUUUACUUCAUUAUACCAACUUAUAUAAAAUAAAACCUCUUGAAUUUCGGGGGGUUCGCUGACAAUGCAGUGUUUGAUGCAGAGUUCAAAUAAACUUUGUUGAUUCAGUGAA